GCGGGCGCGGCGGCCCGGGCCGGGCGGAGGGCCGCGGCGGAACAUGGCGGCGGGGUCCCGGCGGUGCGGGGGCCGCGGCGGGCGGGCGGCUGCGGGCGGCGGAGACGCGUGCGGGAGGUGCCUGGCCCGGCUGCCCCGCAGCGCCGCUCGCGUUCCUUAGAGAGGUCGUGCCGCCCGAAGAAAACGUGAGGAGCACGGAGGCGCGGCGUUUCGCCGGGGUGCGGCGGCGCCUUCGGAGGGAGGCCCGGGACCGACCGCCGGGACCGACCGCCAGGCCCGCCGCGGACGCCCGCGCCCGGGACCCCUGCCCGGGGCUGCGUGUCGAGGCGGGUUCAAGUCGGCGAGCGGCGCCCGCAUUUUGUCUGAAUUUGAUCGCAGACUCGCCGCAAUCCAAGAUGGAUCUGACGUAGACAAGCGGUCUAAGUGAAUAUUUGGGCUGAGAGUUAGCUUUUUGUAAAAGUAACCCAUUUUUCCUGAAGAUACGGGUACUUCCCGCCAAAGGAUGGAUGGAAACCCCAGCUUCAGGCCUCAUCUCAAGAUCCUGAGUAAAGGAGCGUUCUGUUGGUAUUGGAUCUGAUGGACUUAGGUGAAGGGCAGACGUGCUUGCCGGUGCACACGGUGAUGCAGUCGAAUCCGGUUGACUUGGAAGGGGGCGAGUGACUCUUUUCAUCUCUUGUUCCUUAAUGUGCUUAGUCUGGAGAGUGAUGUGUGGAUCGUCUAGUCGCAAUAGUUGAUUGGAUCUAAAAUGCACUAUUGUUUUAGGUACUCUGCUCACAAUUCCUACCGUUGCAGUGCUUUCUUAGCUGGGCGGUUGGAGUUGAAGCAUUGAAGAGUUAAGUGUACUGUAGAAUUGAGGAAACUUGGGGAAUGAAGGAUGGCUAGUUCCAAAGAUUAACAGUCUGUUUAUAAUUUUAAGUGUCAGCAAGUUACCUGGUUAAUGACUCGGGGUUCCUGUCCUCUAGCUUACAUUUAGUUACAUUUCUGACAGUGUAUCCUAAUUUUAGGGAAGUUCUAAUUGUGAAUAGCAGAAAUAGAAAGUUGCAACUUGAGUAGUAACAUUCUGUUUACAAUUUUCAUUUUUGUUUCAAAUUGUUAACUGCCUGAAACUUUCAAAGAAAAGCCUGAAAGUGAGAAAGUGAUGCAGAGUGUAGACCUCAGGGACCUUCACUCUCCAGGCCAAAAUAAAAAUAUCAAGAGAAUGAAUGAUAUUUGAAAUACAGUCAUCAAAAUAUUGAACCAAAUUGUUGAUAGAGUCCAGUCUGAGCCUUCUGUUAGCGCAGUACAUCACCCAGCUGUGACUCUGGCCAAGAAGUUACUCUUUACCUGUCUGCUCGUCUUGGGACCUACAUCUCUGCUCUUCCAGGUGCUCAGAUACCAUUUGCUUCUGUCUCAGGAUGAUUUGAUGUCUUAAAUAAAACCCUUGUCCACCAUGAUGGCCACACAGACUUUGAGUAUAGACAGCUAUCAAGAUGGGCAGCAAAUGCAAGUGGUAACGGAGUUAAAAACAGAGCAAGAUCCAAACUGCUCUGAACCGGAUGCAGAAGGAGUGAGCCCUCCUCCUGUAGAGUCUCAGACCCCAAUGGAUGCGGACAAGCAGGCCAUUUACAGGCAUCCACUGUUUCCAUUAUUAGCUUUGUUGUUUGAAAAAUGCGAGCAGUCCACACAGGGCUCAGAAGGCACAACUUCUGCCAGUUUUGAUGUGGACAUUGAGAACUUUGUCAGGAAGCAAGAGAAGGAAGGGAAACCCUUCUUUUGUGAAGAUCCAGAAACUGACAACUUAAUGGUAAAAGCAAUCCAGGUCUUGCGUAUUCAUCUUCUUGAACUGGAAAAAGUUAAUGAACUCUGCAAAGAUUUCUGUAGUCGGUACAUUGCUUGUCUGAAGACGAAAAUGAACAGUGAGACUCUGUUGAGUGGAGAGCCUGGAAGCCCGUACUCCCCUGUGCAGUCCCAGCAGAUUCAAAGUGCCAUCACAGGCACGCUCAGCCCACAGGGAAUUGUGGUGCCUGCCUCUGCCCUGCAACAGGGGAACGUGACCAUGGCAACAGUGGCAGGAGGCACAGUGUACCAGCCUGUCACAGUUGUGACUCCGCAAGGCCAAGUAGUCACACAGGCAUUGUCACCCGGGACGAUUAGGAUCCAGAACUCCCAGCUUCAGUUACAGUUAAACCAAGACCUCAGCAUCCUGCACCAAGAUGAUAGCUCAUCCAAGAACAAGCGAGGCGUCCUGCCGAAGCAUGCCACCAAUGUGAUGCGGUCCUGGCUCUUUCAGCACAUAGGGCAUCCUUACCCAACAGAGGACGAGAAGAAGCAGAUUGCUGCUCAGACAAACCUGACACUACUCCAAGUCAACAACUGGUUCAUCAAUGCUAGAAGACGAAUUCUCCAGCCAAUGUUGGAUUCCAGUUGUUCAGAGACCCCGAAAACAAAGAAAAAAACUGCUCAGAACAGACCAGUCCAGAGGUUCUGGCCCGAUUCCAUUGCGUCAGGAGUGGCACAGCCAGCACCGAGCGAGCUCAGCAUGUCAGAAGGUGCCGUUGUGACCAUCACCACACCUGUGAACAUGAACGUGGACAGCCUCCAGUCCCUGUCCUCAGAUGGGGCCACCCUGGCCGUGCAGCAGGUCAUGAUGGCAGGACAGAGUGAGGACGAGUCUGUGGACAGCACAGAGGACGACGGGGGUGCCCUGGCGCCCUCCCACAUGGGGGGACUGGUGCUGGAGAACAGCGACUCCCUGCAGUAGGAGCAGCUGCCCCGUGCAGGAGCCAGCACACCGGACUUUUUAUAGUUUGCACAGCAAACAUUUUACACAGUUUUAUUUCUAAUGUUUUAUAUGUAGAUAUAGAAGAGUGCACUUUUGUAUUUCAUAGUAAGCUUCAAGAGCGUCUUUGCCAGUGCAGCGAUUUCUUUCCAAUGUGUGCGCGUGUGGGUUUUUAAAGAAAUUCUUUAAAGUUUUAACACUAGAAAUGUGAUGGAUGACCCCCCUGCCCCAGUCUCUGAUUAGGUUCAGGAGUAGUGCUGCCAUUUUCCAAAUUAUAAUUUCAACCUGUGGUUCAUAGCAGGUCUCAGGGGCUCUCCAUUUGUACAGCUCACAGACCUGAGAGCAACUCUGCCCCUGAGACUGUCAGUACACGGCAGCAAGAACACAGCAGACUGAGUUUCAUAGUGAGUGGAUGGCAAUUUCAGCAAGUUUAAGUUCUCUCAUGGUCAGUGAGCCUGUUUCAUUUGCUAUAUAUAAAAAGAAACUCCUAUUUUUACCUUGCUGGAAUUAUUGGAUAAAAAGCUAUUUUUAUAAAUUCAUUAUGAAUUGGAUUAUGACUAUAUUGAGGAUAAAAUUUCUAGAGAAGGAACAAUACAUGAUUAUAUUUCGAAUGUUCUGAAUUACUCAAAUUUAGUGACCUGCCCACAGCUAGCUACUGUUGCACAGUCUCCUGCUCCCCAGGUGGUUUACAUUUACUGCUGAAAAGAAACAACUCUCUAGUAGGAUUUUGGUAUCCCCAAAUUUGUGCUGAUAUGUAAUGCUCAGAUUGCAUUUUACACUUGACCUACACAAGUGUCUAAAGGUGUGUGCUAAGUAGGACUUCAGGUAAGUGAGGUGGAGUGUAGCCCUAAUGAGUUGAAAGCUCUCGCCACACAUAUUCCAGUCUGAUUUGAAUUGACUUCAGUUACAUGGUUCCUCUACUGUGUUAACUGUAUUGUUUUAGAACUUUUUUAGUCAAAAUACGUUAUGCAUAGAAUGUGUAUUAUAAACUAAUGUAAAAAGUGCUUGACCCCACUGGCUCAGAGCUGGGGAGCACAGCCAUCCAGACUUCCUUUCGCAAUUGGCGACAUCCGCCAAGCCACUGCAGUGAUCUGAACUGUGCCGGGUUGGGACAGCGCACCCCAUGGCUCACACACGUGGGCCUUGGUCCCUGGUGUUGGCUCCUGUACUUGCAUGUUGCUUCAGAGUUCUCGGAGCCCUCCCCCUUUACCUGAUCACAUGGGUAUAGGUUGAUUUGGGGACUUCCAUUUCCUGGUGAUGAGAAAUUAAGAGUCAGUGGCUCUUGUUCUUUGGCAUGAUUUGGUUUGACUUAGAAGUGGAGACUUUUCCUCAGAGAAAACCAGCCACCUGCUUCAUGUAGUGUCUUCUUGUCAUCCUAGACAGGUGCCCAGAGUUCAUCUGCUGACCAGGGCCGCUGUGGGGCCAGCACUGCCUCCAGUUCUUGAGAUCCAGCAAUGUGAUUGGUUAAGGACCAAGGCUACACUGAGGACACUUUUAGCUAAUGUAGAGUUUUCUAAAACUGACUGCCCCAGCCCAGUGGUUACAGUCAGCUGUAUGUUGUCCUGGACAACCUACAGUCAGAAAGAAGCACAGAGGUUUCUUUAAAACUCCUUUAGGAGCUUCAACUGAAAGAAAAACUUGAUCGAUCAUCAACUUUUGGGGAGAGAAUAACAUUUUAAAGCUGCCAUGGAUUCCUUAUUUUCUUUUUAUAAUGUUUCAAGUCAGGUCUGCACAUGCUUAAGAGAUUAUUUUAACUUUAAGUGCCAACUUUGUUGGACUUCUUACAACUUGGACCUGUGGGAACCACAGCCCUUCCUCCUUCCUCCUGCCCUGUCUCCCAAGGCCCUCAGCUGCCCUGCUCUUCAGCAGAGCAGGGAACAUGUUCUCAGGAUGUGAACUCCUGCAGAGGGCAUUGUUUCUUCCCCACAGAAAUCAUGCAUGGUGGGUUGUGUCUGAGAGGGUGGGGUAAGCUGUGUCUGCAUGGAGGCCUCGUGGCAGGCUGUUCUAGCUGAGGGUCAAACAUCACGCUGAAGGACACAGUAUAUAUUCUGUCAAGCUGAAAUUGGUUUUCUUAAGACCUGAGCUUCCCCUUGCUAAAUUCAGAGGAUUAGAAAGAGGGUACUGAAGGUCAUAGCCUGGGUUUCCUUCACCCUCUCCAUAAAAACUAAGGUGAUUUUGAGUAACUUCCACCAGGUGAGCUGUUCUGGUUCAUAAAAUCACUACACAGCUUUGUGUUACCAGUUUGCACCUUAAAAACACCGGUUUUCUAGCCCUUGGUUGGUGGAGAGUAUCUGAAAGUGCAUCCCCUUGAGCUUUCAUUUCAAAUGGUCAGAUUGGAUCCCCCAGCUUCAUUCUUGUCAAAUUCCUCACCAUGGUGGAGCUUUUUGAAUGUGCCCUGAGACUCACAGUGAGCCUGUCAUUCCUGCUGUUUGCUGCUGAGCAGAAGCUGGACUGCCUUGCCUGUACUAGCAAGCUCCAUCUGGCGGGCUCAGCGCUCCAAUUUUAAAUUCCAGAUAGUCAAAAAAGUAUAAGCAUCUGUCCAAUAUGCAGAGUGACCCUGAUAGCUAAGGGCUGCAGGGAUUGCUCUGGGUGACCUUGAGUGAGGAAGCAAGGGAUACUUCCUCCUGUGGACGAGCUGCGGCGGACCAGCAGGUGUGUGCCGUCCUGAAGGACAUCUCUGGCUGCCAGUGACACAACUAACUCAGCAACCUGCCUUUUUUAGUUAUGUUCGGUCUUUGAAACUGACAAUCUUUAAAAUGUGAAUACUGUAACAAUAUGUUUUCUUGGAUUGUUGUCUUUAAAAAGGAUUUUUGUGAAGCAAUUGAUUUAUCAAAGCAAAAAAUUAAAAAUAGAAACAUG